AUGGCCUCAACGUUGCCUGGUGACAUUAUCUACCUCAUCGUCGAGAUCCUGGGACAAGAGAAGGACUUCAACAGUCUGUUCCAGUGUGCUGUAUCUGCGAAGUGUUUCACUGAGCAAGCUGUUACCGCUAUAUAUAAAUCACACGAACUCUCUCCUGUCAGAGGCGGUGGGACUGAACUUGGCAUCCUGGACUCGACAUAUACUCGACGAAAAUGGGCCUCUAUGUGGCGCUCUAUUGUGCUUUCUGCUCUUGACCAAACCUAUCUUCCGUAUUACAGUUACAUUCGGUACUUGGAUCUCAAUGAUUUAUCGAAUCUCCUCAGCCAUAGUUCGUUCACUGGGAAGAUCAAAGACGAGUUCUUUACUCCGGAACUUCGGGACCUUGUGUCCUAUGAUUAUGAGCCCAAGGGAAAUAAGCGUCUUCGCUCACUGCGGAAUCUGCCUGAUAAUGAUUGGAUCUUAUCCAAGAUUGGUACUGCUAUUAUCAAAAGAACUACCUCGAUACGCGGAAUGUCCUGCGACAUCGAACCUUCACUAUUGGCCGAGUGGCUGGGAGAACUCCCAUUGUUACAGAAUCUGACUAUCUGGUCUGGAGUUUCUCUAACCGACCAUGCUGGUGACAAAAUUCGAACCCACUGCCCCGAUUUCAAGCAAAUCACGAUAUAUAGAUGGAUCGACGGACGAGGCCGAAAUUCCGAGACUGAUGCUGAGGAGUUUCUCCACGGACUCCAGCCUCACAGCCUUGAGUAUUUCGAGAUGCUGAGCUCUUGUCACUUAGGGCCACGCUCGAUAAGAGCUAUAGGCACGCAGUUGAAAUCACUAAAAGAACUGAAAUUGACAAGCCUUGGGAUCGAAGCAAUUGCAGAGUUGCCUUCAUUAACAGCGGCGCCAGUGCUGGAGGUGCUUGUGUUGACCGAUUCAACACCAGCAGCACGGAACGAAGACUUUUAUUCCACAAUCAAUCGAGUUUCUGAUUGGAUUGGCGGCUGCAAGGCCCUGCGACACCUGGAGCUUAGAAGAUUUGUUGAUGACGCGUUUCUACUGGCUCGUGUUCUGGUUGCCCAAGAUAUUAAGCUGCUGAGUUUGUCUCUGACUGGGUACACAAUGGCUGGCAGUCGUGACUUCCACAGAUCUUUGGCAUCUCAAGAUUCUCUGCAACGUCUCAGUCUUCGAGGGGAAGGGUCCGAGAUUCCCGAAGAUAACGAGUUGCUUGUCCAAGCCAUUUGCCAGCUACACAACCUGCAUGAACUCGAGCUCAAGGAUAUUUCCGAUUAUUUCACACCUGAUCAUCUAAUGUCAUUCGCUCCAUAUCUCCCCGAUUUGGAGAAAUUGUGGAUCGGAGGUGAUCUCUUCAAUGAUGACGUAUGGGGUGCCAUUUUAUGCCUUCCAAAGCUACGAAGUCUGGCCAUCCAUGCGCUCAGCGAGUUCACGGCUCAGGGUAUACUCGAUUUCAUUUCGCAAUUGGGGCCGGGUAACAUAGGAAUGAGUCUCUCAAUUUUGAACUCAAUAACAAGUCUCACAGAGGAAGCACAGAGCUUAAUCCGCGAUAUUUUGAGACACAAUGUUGAUGGGACCUUUGACUUCAGUCUUGCACAGGGUAAGCGCCAGCUCUCAGCCUGA